AUGGAGAGCUAUAAGGAAAUGGUGAACAACUCCAGGAUCAUCCUGGAUGAUGGGAACUACAGGUUUUGGAAAGCUAGGAUCAGAUCCAUGAUCAAAGGGAUCGAUCCACUGGCAUGGAAGGCAGUAACAGAUAAAUGGGAAGAACCACUGGUAGCUGAUGCCAACGGAGUCUUUCAUCCAAAACCAGAAGAAAGUUGGACUGAAGAGGAGUCAAAAAGAGCGAAGUACAAUUCAAGGGCGCUGACUACUAUUCACACCAACAUAUCAAGAAAGACAUUUGAGCUGAUUCAAGGUGUUGAGACUGCCAAAGAAGCAUGGGACAUACUUCAGAUGCAGUACGAAGGAACAACAAAGGUUCAAAACUCCAGAAAGGACAUGCUUGCUUCUCGCUUUGAGAAUCUAAAGAUGGAGGAGGAUGAAACCAUCUCUGAAUUCAGUUCGAAACUGAGUGCUCUGGCACAAGAAGCAGCGGUGUUAGGCAAAACAUACAAGGAUAAGAAGCUGAUGAAAAAAUUCUUGAGGUGUCUGCCAUCGAGGUUUAUGGGGUACAAAUCAGCACUCAGUGUGUCCAGUAACACAAAGAACAUGCCAUUCAGUGAACUUGUAGGCAUGCUGAAAGCUCAUGAGAUGGAGCUAGACAGUCUGAAGAAGCCUAAAAGUCUAGCCCUAAAGUGUGAAAACCGUGUCACUGAAGAUGAGGAAGACGAUCCCAUAAGUCUUCUGGUUCGGAGGUUUGAUCGUGCUUUGCGGAAAACUGGGAAACCUCAGAAGAAGGUUGCCUCCUUCAAGAAGACAACUGAAGGGGACAAGUCUAACAGAAAAAGUGAGGUGCAGUGUCAUGAGUGCAAGGGAUAUGGACAUUUCAAGAAUGACUGCCCGACUAUCAAGCGACGGGAGAUUCAGUGCUAUGGCUGCAAAGGAUUUGGACACACUCAGCUGGAAUGUGUCAAUGAUCAAAAUUGCAGGAAGGAAAAUUCCAUGUUGGGUGAGGAAGAAUCGGAUGAUGAUUCAGAGGAUGACUCAGUCGAAGAGAUAAACAACUUCGUGACGUUUAUCGGGAUCGCUGAAAUUGAGGAGGGACAGGAGUCUGAGUCAGAGCCUGAAGAAGAAAAGGAGGAUGAUCUCAUGAGCAGCUACAAGGAAGUACGUCAUGUUCUGGUCAGUCUCAACCAAGAAAACAGUGAAUUGAAUAAAGAAAACCAGAGACUGUCUGUACUAGUAGACAAGCUCAGCAAAGAUCUCGAAGCAGCAAACGCACUUGGCCAGGGAAGUGUCAAUCUGAUCAAGGAGAAGCUGGAGUUAGCCAACAAAGCUGAAGGUCUGAGGCAGCAUUUAAAGGUUGAAAAGCAGAUAUCGGAGAAGCUGGAGUCUGAACUAGAUCAGCUAAAGAAGCAGAUUCAGAUGUUCGCAGGAACCAAGCAACUAGACAAGAUCCUGAGCUACGGAUGUCAAGCCAAUACGAAGCAUGGAUUGGGGUACAGUGGAAGGGAACAGAAGAGCUCAGAUGAAAUCAAAUGGAACAGGGUUCAGAAACUAAUAAAGCAACGGAAGUUCAGUUGGAAUGGACCCACGAAUCAAGUCUGGCUCAGGAAAGAGGAUUUGCGAUUCGAACCUAAGGGACAACAGAAGAAGAAUUCUUUCAAGCCAAGAGAAUUCACUGUUAAGAGAUCUUUCAGGGAUGAUCCAAUGUCAAUGCUGUGGCAUGGAUUCAAGUGCAACAUGGCCCAAGUUGAGAGCGACGAAGACGAGUCAGAGCCUUGA